UGGUCGCGCAUCUCUGGGGAGGGGAGUGGGAGUGGGAGCGCUGGGGAAGCUGGAUCCAGACGGAUUGAGGUUGGAAAGCAGAGAAGACAGCAGCUGGGGCCGUGGAGGAGGAGAGGAAGGAAGCAGGCAAGCAAGCGCCGAGCAGCGUUAAAUAUGGGCGGCCCCACGGUGUUGGCGCCCAUCGCCUGCCGCUGACUGAAGGAUGAGCGGCUUUUCGCGCUCCGCCGCUCUCCUGCUCUGCCUGCUGGGCUGCAACGUGUGGAAAGCGGUCACCAAAACCUUACGGGAGCGGCGCGCACAAGAGAUUAGAAACAGAAAAUGAUGGAAACACUUAGCAGAUGUGACGUUAAAAGUCCAUGUGAGUGAUUCCAGUACCCAUCAGCCUUUAGAUAAAGUCUUCAUUGAGAUUUUUACCAACCAGACUUCAUUUGCUUCAGGAUAUUCAGAAGCAGAUGGGAUAGCCUUCAUCACCUUUCACUACACACUUGGAGCUCAACUGUUUAUUGUUGCAACAAAAAGUGGUUAUGUGCCAAACUCCUCUCCAUGGCUGGCCACCAAACUGCCUUUGUUUUCCUCGGUGAGUCUGCUCCUACACCCUGAGCGGAUAGCAACUCUGAUGGUAUAUGAUGAUGUUGUUCAGAUUGUCUCUGGAUUCCAAGGCACCCUAAUUCAGCCCAGGAUCCAGUUCCAGAGAAGAUCUCUCAAUUUGCCAAAGAACUUAUCCUAUCGGAGCCUGAUUGCUUUUCUUACAGUAGCUGUCACUCCAUGGGAAGUGGGUGGUUUCCCAUAUUUACAAGGAAUUGAUGUCAAUCGAACAGGAAACAGCAGCAGGUUUGAGCUGACCCCUGUCACAGCCGUGAGUGUUCAUCUGUUGAAUAGUGAUGGGACUGAAAUCCAAGUGAACGGGCCUAUUUGUGUGACUAUUCCUCUGCCAGCCAAUAGCCGUUUGAAGCAUGACGAUGCUCUUCCAGCAUGGAAGUUUGAUAAGAAAAUUGGUGCUUGGCUGAAGAGUGGAUUGGGCAUUAUACAAAAAGAAGGCGACUCUUUCACUUGGACAUAUUUUGCUCCACAGUUGGGUUAUUGGAUUGCAGCCAUGUCUCCUCAAAGCCCUGGUAAUCUGGCUGGUGUUGGAGCCAGUGACAUCACUGUCUACCAUACUGUCUUCCUGUUGGCCAUUCUCGGAGGGAUGACCAUCAUUUUGCUUGUUUUGCUUUGCUUACUCAUCUAUUAUUGCAGGAGAAAAUGCCUGAAGCCUCGUCAGCACCAUAGGAAAAUCCAGCUGUCCUCAGCGCUGGACAGUUCAAAGAAGGACCAAGCAACUUCUAUGUCUCACCUCAACUUAAUCAGUGCCGUCCACAUGGAACUCGCAUCCAACGGGGAGGCAGAUGUUCAUACGCCGAUGCUUAAGCCCUCAUACAGCACUUCACGAGAAUUCAUGUCAAGAGAAGAAUUCAUGUCACAUAGAGAUUCAACGCUGAGAGAUGUCUUGAGGGAAGACUAUUAUAGGUCUCCGAGAAGUUACCGCCUCAAAAUGGCCAGAUCAAUUGACAUUUUGGAAGAUUUUGAAUCUCCUGUGAGAGAAGACUAUAGGCAGAGCUACAACUCUGUUGUUUCCCAACCACUGUUGAAUCGAAGGGAUAAGGAAGUUCAGGGUUCAAUGAGCCUGUUCACCGCUGACAGUAAGAGUAGCAUCCGAGAGCCAGAUUAUCAGCUAACAUAUGUUCCUGACAAAGCACAAAACACCGACAGAAAAACAACUGAUUACAAGAUGUCUCGGUCCGUCGACCACCUUGAAAGACCACCCACCUUUCCCCAGCCUGGUCAAUUGCUUUGUUGCAGUUCAGCAGAUGAGGUGAAUGACAAUGUUUAUAGAAAAGUACUCCCUACAUUAGUCAUUCCUGCCCACUAUAUGAAAUUGCCUAUGGAAUAUCCGUCCAUGGGACAGCCUUUGACUGUCCCAGCGGAACAGCAGACAGAGUUGGAGAGGCUACAGGCCGACCUUGCUCUCUCCCAUCAACAAUUACAUUCACACUCUCAGCAGCAGCAACUAGCACCACAAGCUUUAUCACAGCAGCAACUUCAGGAAGCGGAGGGGGAGGACUGGAGUCCACAGUCAAGUGCCAUGUCCGAAUCUGUGUCUAUUCCCACAACACUAAGUGAAGCUGCCAUGGCUCAAAUGAACGGUGAAGUGCAACUCUUUACUGAGAAAGCACUGUUGGAACUUGCUGGAGGAAAACCUCUCCCUCACCCGAGAGCUUGGUUUGUGUCCCUCGAUGGACGUGCAAACGCCCAGGUUAGACAUUCUUAUAUUGACUUGCAGAAAGCUGGGAAAAACGGGAGCAAUGACGCCAGUUUGGAUUCUGGCGUGGACAUGAAUGAAUCGAAGCCCGCGCGAAAGGGUAAAGAAGCACGGGAACGCAAUCUUUCUGGCAGUAUGACGUACACAAGGUUGGUGUACAUGGAUGACAUAGAGCAGAGUGGCAGUGAAAGCGGUACAGCAGUUUGCAGUCCAGAGGACACUUCAAUGAAGCCACUGGAAGGGUCAGCUGAAGAAGGGCAGAGUGGCACCACAGAAUGUUUACAGGACGAAAACAUUCCGAUGAUCGAAGAAAUUGAAGACUGUCUUCCAACGAGUCCAAAUCACACUGAGAAUGCUGAUACUGAUGAUCAGAUGAUGAAUAUUGAAAAUGAUCAUAUUAAUGACAAUGAUCAAAUCAACGAGAAUGAUGACAACGAUAGCACAGACCAGGAGGAGGAUAAAAAAAGUCCUUGGCAGAAACGGGAGGAAAGACCUUUACUUGCAUUUAAUUUGAAAUGAUUGCUUAUAGGUUUAACUCUUGCUGGAGUUUUAAAGAAAAAAAAAGUUGCCAAAUAUUCUUUUAUGAAAAUGCUUGUUCAGUUUUGAGAACUUCAGAUCUUUAAAAAAAAAGCUAAACGCGUGAAUAUAUUUGAAAGGUACUGCGAAUGACGUCCUGAUCUUCCUGAUGGUGUGGAGUUAAACAUUCAGAUACGUUUCCAAAGCAAAUGUUGCUUGAAUGAAGACCUAAAAGACUGCCAGAUGAUUGUAGCAAGACAAGUGAAUUUAGAUUUAUUUUUACCAUAAAUGACCUAUUGUGCAAAAAUAUUCAAUUCCAUCCCUGAUAUUUUCCCCAAAUAUCUCUGUUAACGGUGGCAGUUGAUGGAUUUCUACUUAUUUGCCUGAAUUAUACUGUAAAGAUGUACUAAAAGACAUACAUAGAAGCUGUGUCCAUAAGUAUGGAAUAUUUGAAAGUAAGGCUAUGCAUUGCUACUUUUAAAAUUUAUGUUGCUUAAAUUACUUGUGUGUAAUAUUUGAUGUAAACUAUUUCUUUAAGAUCUUUUAUUCUAUUAGGAUUAUGUUCAUUGUUGUUAGAACACUUAGCUACCAGUACGCUGUGAAUGACAACACUCAGUGACAACAUAAGCCUUUGACUAAAACCAAACUGUCCUCUUCAAAAAAAAAAAAAAAAAUCUGGUCCGGUAUUUUCCAAGUGCCUUCAUGAUUUCCAGUAAGCAAACCCUACUUCAAUAGUUCACGUCUCUGAACUGUUGAAAUUCUGCUUUUCACAAUUGUCAGUUUUUUGACAGUUCUUCAAUGAUUUGCAUGCAAUUAUCAAUCAUUUGUGCUAUUUUUUUUUGUCAUGCUUAAAAUACAACAGUAUACUGUGGGUAGUAAUGUGUACAGUAUUACUAGUUUGCUGUUGAACUACAGACUAGAGUAGAGGACUCCUAAAGAGACAUGAAGAAAGUAGCCACGACUGGAUGUUCUGUAAAUAUUGUGUGUUUGGCUGCAGUUGAAUGUUUUAAUAGCUAGCAUUUCCAAUGUCUUUACAAUGGGGAUUAUUGAGUGGACAAGAGUGAGUGAUCAGUGUGUUUAAAAGAACAUUUUAUCCCUGUGUAUCAUCUUACAGUGCCAGGAUUCCUUUGCUGUACAAUCUUUUGGAUUGUUUGCUUGUUUCUCUUAAGGUUAAUUGCUCAAAAUAAAUCUUGGGUAAACGU